AUGGUAACGAAGAAUCCAUGCCAUGUAGCGGGUGAUGUUCGCAUUUUCGAAGCAGUUUAUCAAGAUGCUCUGUCACACCUUUGUGAUGUUAUUGUAUUUCCACGAUACGGCCCACGCCCACAUUCUGAUGAAAUGGCUGGAAGUGAUUUGGAUGGUGAUGAAUAUAUUGUUAUAUUCGAUAAAGAAUUGUUUUUUGAAAAUAACGAACAGGCAAUGUUUUUUCCAAAAUCGAUACCAACUGAAUACGAUACGCCACCCACAACAGAAGAUAUGAUAGAUUUUUUUCUGAAAUAUCUCAGUCAGGAUUCGAUUGGUCGGAUGUCCAAUGCUCAUCUGAUUAUUGAAGUAUGUGAUGAAAUUGCUCGAAAAUGUGCCAUUGCUGUAGAUUUUCCAAAAACAGGUGUGCAAGCCACACCACUAAUGGCACAUGAACAAUGCGAAGUUAUACCGGAUUAUAUGCAAAACAUGAUAAAGCCAUCAUACAGAAGCAAGCGAUUACUUGGUGAAUUGUAUAGGAAAGCACGAAAAGUUGAAGAUAUUGCGGAAAUGGCCCAAGGAGCAAAAUUUGCCGAUUAUUGUGAUCCACAAAUUUAUGAUGAAAGCUUGUUUCGUGAACAACCGAAAUUACUCCAAAAGAGUUUAUCUUUGAGAAAUGAAUAUUACUCGAGAAUACAGCAAUUACUGGAUGAAUAUGGAAUUUCUGACGAAGCUUCUGUAAUAUCCGGGCAUAGCGUGGCAAUCAAAAGAAUUAUUGAAAUGGAAAAAGAUGAUUAUUCGUUUUAUCAUUCGGAUAAAAUUGUCGAACUACGAUAUAGUCGAAUUUUUGCAUAUUUUAGGCGUGAAUUUUUCAAGGAAUUUGGAGAAGAGUCAGACUUCCUUACGGUAGAUGCAUUGGGAAAACAUGGAAUACGCUGGAAUACGGCUUUAAUUACGAAAGCUAAAGCAUGGUACACGGUAACAUAUGGCAACUCUUUCAGAUCGUCUUCUGAAUUUCGAUCUUUUCCAUGGAUUGUUUGGGACAUUUUGCUGAUCGUUAAACGUCAAAUCACACUAAUGCUGAAAUCACCAUCACCGUUGGUAAAUCCUCUAGCGAUUCACCUUACGCGAGCAAUUGAAACUUUUUGUUACCAUCAUCACGUUGCACUGAAGCAAUUUGUUAAUGAGAUGUCAUUAGGACCGAUGCGACUUGAAGCGCUUGUGCGAUAUUCUCAGAGGUAUGGAUCAAAUGUUGAAAUGUUAUGUUUUGUCAUUGAUAAUUGGUUGAGAUUAGAAGGAGUGUAUGAACGUUCCGCAUUGCGAAGGAUACAUGUUAUCAUUUUGUUUUUACAAUUUACUAUUGGAAUAUUACAUGGCAAGCGGACAUCUGAUGAGUUGAUGAACAGGCAUCCUAUUUAUUUUGAAAGGUUGGACGAUUUACGAAAUAACUCAGAAACUGUUGACUUAGUGUACAGUAUUGGUGAAAUACUCUUCGCAUUUUUACGUUACUUAGCAAGCAGACAGUUUGCUUGUGCAAAUUUUAUACGUUUUCGACUGGGCGGCAUGAUGGAAGGUAAGAAGGGUGCUUCAAUUUUUACGAGACCGGAACAAUGGUCUGCGCUUUAUACUGUAGCAUUUCGCGCAUUUCAUCAUAUCGCUAUAACGGCCGAAUUUGAUGCUCUUCGAAUUACGAAAGAUUGCGGUAUUAAUAUUGACUGUGAUAGCGAUGAAAAUUACGAGUGGGACUUUGGUGAAUCAGAUGCUCCAAUAAUCGUAUCCGGUGACCUUUUCUGUCAUAAAGACAUCAGUUUGCAACGAAUCAGUACUGCACUUAAGAAAUGGUCUGGUGUAAACGAAAUAAUGAGUCGUAUGACGAAAAAUGAACAACUGUUAAUUACCUGUACCGGAAGCACAGUGGCUCGACAGCGAUUGCAUCGAAUACUAUUAAUGGAACCGGAACGUCUUUUCGAUGCUGUGCAAACCGAAACCAUGCCAAAAGAAGCUCGAGAUGAUUUUUUGUAA